AUGUAUUCGAAACUCUUCACGACUGUUGUCAUAGGCCUGGUGCUGUUGGUAGUACCGCCUGCACUGACUCUACGCUACUCGAUUCACAGUACCAGGGUGAUUUACUUCGAAGCAUUGACUCGGUGCAUCAAGAACGGGGGACAUCUGGCUGCAAUUGAAAUAGCGUACCAGCAGACACAAAUUUGGAACGCGAUCCAGAAGGCUGGCCUGUCGACCGGAACCUUUUGGACAGCCGGUACGGAUCUUGGUAUGGAAGGAGCGUGGCUUUGGUUAUCGCGCAACAAACCGGUAGGCUCUGUCCAAGGAUGGACGAACUGGAUGGAUGGAGAACCGAACAAUGCUGGUGGCACGGCCCAUUGUUUAGCUAUGGUUGGUGGUACGGGUAAUGGACAGUGGGGCGAUUUUUCUUGCGAAUCUGUCAACCAUUAUGUGUGUGAAUACGCAGAUUAA